AUGGCCAACAUCACUCCAAUGGAGCAACAAAAGCCAUGCCGGUUGCUCGAUCUGCCACCAGAACUCCGUUUGAUGAUAUGGGAGGCCUACUUCAACACCGACUUGAUUACAGAGGUCGCGCAGCAUCCUCACUCUCGCACGAAAGCCGUUUCUCUCCUCUCCACCUGCCACACGGUAUUCCACGAAGCAACUCCGGUCUACACCACGGGACUGGAGCAAGAAGUCAGAGAGAUGAACCGCGUGUGCAAGACUCAAUUCAACAACUUGAUGGCGAAGACGGAGAUGGCGUCGCGCAAUGGCUUCUCGGGUGGAGAGGAGGAGGUGGUGCGCACCAUCCGCGAGCACGCCGAGUACAGCGACAAGAAUCUUGCGUUGACGAAGUUCGCGAACUUCACCAUCAAAGAGCUGGACAUGCUUGAGCUAUUCGCGGCUGAAGGAGGCCGAGAGUGGGCAGAUGGAGGGACAGCUGAGGCAGAUCAGGAGCUGCUGGAGGCUAAGGAACAGGCGUGA